UAUGGCUGCCUCCAGUCGAAAUGGAAUAGAAAUAUUGAAGAUAUGAGAUUUUCUAUUUCCUAAUUGUUCGAAGCUACAUUGAAGUUAACUGACCAUGUUUGAAUAGUUUAUUAAAAUGCCCUUAUUUAGAAGGAAAACAGAUAAAAGUAAACUCCCUCCAGAAAUAAAACAGUCUGGAAGUUUAAAGAGGACUCCAUCAAACAGAAGUAAAGACUUAUCUAAUGGAACUGUUUCACCUGGCAAGAUUCUUCCAGAUGAUGAACUGUCCAAAGAUGAAAAUUUUGAGUCGUUACACAAAAAAUCGUCACAACUGUGUAAAACUCUUCAAGAAAUUCUCCACGACAAAAAUUCCUUGGGACACUUCAUACAGUUUCUUGAGGACAGAAAAGCCAGCAAGUUUCUUAGAUUUUGGUUAGAUGCUCAGAGUUUUCAGGCUUCAACAUGGAGUCGUAUAAGAAGCCUUGCUUUCAAAAAACGUCAAAGUUCAAGUGAAAAAGAAAAAUGUGAUUCAGUGUGCAAUCAAGAAGUAUCUACACAAAAAAGUCAGAAUUCUGGUCUGUCUGAUGACCAACAAAUAGAUGGAUAUUCUGAAUGUGAUACUUCAAAAUCUAGACAUGUUGAAAGUGAUGCUAAUAGUAUAUCUGUGAUAAAACCUAGUGCCAAAGAUUUAAAAGGGGAAGUAACUGAAAAUUUUUCACCUUCAGGAGAGUCAUUAACAAAUUCUGAAGGGGAGGUAAUUCAGAAUGUGCCACCUUCUUGCCAGACUUUAAUUAAAUCAAAACCUCUAACUGAUAGUGCUUAUGAAGAUAAUAAAAAAUGUCCAGAAUCUCCUAAUUCUGAUGUUUUUGAACCAAUUAUCAAAGACUCAUCAAUAAAAAGUCAUUCUUCCAAAUAUUCCAGUCCGAAUUUGACGGAUAAAUUAAAAAAGAGUAUAGAAAAUGAUGCUGUUCAAAUUUUUUCCAAAUAUUUAUCAAAAGAAGCCACAGAUCCUCUAGGAGUUGAUGAUGUACUCAGACAGGAAUGUAUUAGUAAGAUAUGUCGAGAAGAUGGAGAGGUCGAUCCUGAUUGUUUUGUUGUUUGUCAAGAAUUUUCUGUUUCCAAAAUAGAAUCUGAACAUUUUCCUAGCUACAAUGGUAGUGAGUUUCACUUGAGGUACCAGAUUGAUUUGGUAACCAGUGGUCAUAUAUAUCUGUCUGAUUUCCUGUAUUAUGAUCCUGCUUUCUUCUAUUUCAUGGAGUACAUGGAACAAGAAGGAGGAAGUAAUAUACUACAGUUCUGGAUAGCUGUGGAGAACUUUGAGAAACAUUUGAGGUCACAUGAAUCAGGGUAUGACGGCAUGCAGGCUCAAGCUGAUGCUAUGGUUCUGUAUGAUAAAUAUUUUUCACUUCAAGCCACCCAUCCUUUAGGAUUUGAUGAUAAAUGUCGUUUUGAUGUGGAAUGUAAUAUAUGUCGAGAAGAGGGGCCUUUACCGGAUUGUUUCUCUAAACCAAGAGAGAUGGUCUUAAAAACUAUAGAAAAGGUUUACUUUUCUGAUUUCCGUCAAAGUGAAAUAUUUUAUAAAUUUUUAUCUGAAUUGGUUGGUACUGUACAUUCCACAAGAGAGUUACCAAGGCAACGAAAACGUACUGAUAGUGAUGCUUCACAAGACAGUAGUACACACAGUGGAGAGAGUGUACGGAGUAGCACACGUAAUACAUUACUAGCAUCAGGAACUAGUCUACCCCUGGGACGUGCAAUGAGAAAGUUUGAAAAUGAUAUGAACAACAUUGAUCCUAGUCUAUUAAAUCCAGAUUUACUAUGGAAACGGGACAAUCCUAAAAUGGUGAUGGGGACUGUAGAUGGGUUUGGACAGUUUAAAUCAGAAUUUGAUCCUCACCCAGAUAAAGAUAAAGAAAAACCAAAAGGCACAGGGUUUUUCAGAAAGAGCAAAGAAAAAGAAAAGGAAGAAGAAGAGAUGGCGAUUAAGAUAGCUCAGAUGAUAAUUAGCGAUGUUACAUCGGUCACACAAACUAUUGGUGCAAUGAAAUCACAGUCUUUCAGCGACAAACCAGAGUCAUAGCAUUAUGUUUCUUGUUAUAGUGUAUAAUUUUGUAUUGUUGAUUUUGUAUUUUGAUCCGAGAGCAUUUAAUCAGAUUGAGCAUGUUUGAUACAUUUUAUACAUCAGUAUAUUUUAAUACGCAAAACUGCAUGUAAACAUUAAGAAAUUAUGUGUGACCUUGGCAUUAAAGGGUAAAUAUCAGUAUACUGUAAGUGCUUUAUUUUCAUGGAUUGUAUAUUUUAGGAUUUUCAAGGCAAAACCUGUUUGCAAGGUUAUUAUUUCCUUUUAGCCUUUCUUUAUUUGUGAUCUGCCUCCUAGAUUACAGUAACGUUAUUGUGACUUUGACAGAAUUGUUCAUCACCAAUGAAUUAAGUGUACAUGUGAUGACUGAAAUAUUCAAAAUUUGGUAUAGUUCUAAUUAUGAUCACAAAAUUAAAUCAAUAAGAGGGGUUUCAUUUCAAACAUAUCUGUUGCACAAAAUAGUUGCAUUAUGAACAUAUCAGGUACCCAAAAUAUGAAUUGCAUACUUUAUUCAGUAGAAUUUUAAUAGUAAACAUGCUAUUAUUUCCAGUUUGAAUUAUUUUUGAUUCAAGAAUUUGUAUAGUUUCUUGUAUGUUAUGCCCAGCUCAAAACUUUCUACUACAGAAUAAACAUGGAAUUUAUUAAAAACUUGAAGAACAAGAAAUGAUACAAUUCCAUAAUUAAAAAUAUUUCCUAGUUAGAAUAAUCCUAAUAAAAGCCUGAUAGUUAUCUAUGUUAGAUGCAUAAUGGUAUAUUUUUCUAGUUUCUAGAUAAGAUGUGUUUUAACUCAGGUUUAAUUAUACUGAAGAUUUUGAAAAGUUUAUCAAAGAAUUCCUUGACAAAUCUGUCAUAGAACUGAAUGAUUGAUGAUCUAUGUUCACUAAAGAUGAUUUUAAACAAUCCAGCAAAACAAUAAUAGUUUAAAUUCAAUAGAAGUAACAAUAACUCAAGUAUUUUAGCACCUGCUUUUAUUAGGUUUUACAUGACUGAUGAAAAGAAACAUUUGGAUUUGAGAAGAAUACAGUGGAACUUGCCUAAUCCAACACACUGGGGGACCAGAAUUAAAUGUAAGAUUAAGCAGGGUGUUCAAAUAUUCAGGGUUUUCUUCAAGGGUAGGCCUUUUUUGGGACCAUGAAAGUAUGUAGGUUACAGCAGGAUGUUGGAAUACUCAGGUGUCAGAUUAGGCAGGUAACACUGUAUUUAAUUCUGGUGUAAAAAGGCAUAUUUAAGAUACAAAAUUGUACAUUUUGUAGUGAUGUACAAAAACUCAGGCUUGCAUCUACUAAUAUAAUAAAUCUGCUCACUCAAACUUACAUAUCUUCAUUGUAUGUUUCUUUUUGUAUAUGAACCAUUGUUGGUCUUGGUUUUUGCAGGUCACUAAAUGCUAACCUUUUACAUAUAUAUGAAAAAUUGUCAUCCUCAGUUGUUACAACAGAAUUUAAAUCUGUCUUCAGAAUCAGUUUGAAACAAUCAAUAAAUGAAUAUUUUUACAAGGAAUAUUUAAAAAUACCUAUUGAAUGAACUUCACAGGGAUUUAUACAAUGGGAUAAUUCAUCUUAAAAAAAAUUAAUGGACAGUACGUGGUAGAGAGGUUUUGUAUUUGAAGUCAUACCACAUUUUAUUUCUAUUGAGGUAACCACCAAAUGAUUGUGGGGAAACUAUUCACUUUCUUUGCAUUUUGAUUAAUACUCGUGUCAUGAUUUACAUAAUAGUGUUGAAUUUGAUGUUAGAAAAAGAUGUCACUAUCCUUACUGAAGAUUUUUUCAGUAAAUAUUCUUUAAUAAUUCACAUCAACUUAUUUAAUGUUUUUUUGCGCUUAUCUAAACAAUAUCCAUAACUGUAGUUUAUAUAUAUGCUUCUCCUCUAUUCUCAAUUUGCCCUAAGCAACUUUAUAGUUCUUCAUUGUUACUUUGUUUUGUUUGUAAUCUAUGCAUCCACUGUUGUGAAAGUUGCUACAUUGUUUUAUUCCCAUUAUAACUCCGACUGCAGUAUAAUUUGUACCCUGUGUAAUAUAAAGCAUACACAGUAUAUUGUAAAAAUGCUUGACAAUACUCUGAUUCUUAUGGUAUCACAUGACUCAGAGAAAUUAUUGUAAGAUUUUUAUUAUUGUGAAAAAUGUGAAGAGAGUUGUAAACGCAAUAAUUUAAACUCACAUUUUGAAAUAUUUAUAGGAAUUACACAGGAUUUUUUUCUCAAAAUCAUAAAUUUUGAAAUCGCAUUUUAGUCUCAAAUGACAAAAUCACAACAUUAAAUGCAUGCAAUAAUUUCUGAAUUUACAGUAUGAAAGAUAUCAUUGAUAAUAUGAAUAUUGGUUAUAGAGAACAAGUAUAUCAUUGCUGAACUCACUGUUAGUAUGAUACUUACAAAUGGAGGAUCAGAAAUAUAAUACUGUAAAUACAGAACUUAUUGCCUGCAUUUAUCAUUGAGAUUUUGUCUUUUUGGACUAAAAUGCGAUUUUAAUUUUUGUGAUAUUCAGAAAUAUUCUGUUUUGAUUCAUAUGAAAAAUUUCAAAAUGCGUGUUUUAAUUAUUGCCAUUUUAACCCUGUCUCAUUUCUUCAUAUAAUACAAACAUUGCAAUAAUUUCUGAAUUUACACUAUUGGUUAUAGAUUACAAGUAUAUCAUGGCUGAACUGGCUGUUAGUAUAAUACUUACAAAUGGAGGAUAAGAAACAUUUGAUAGUUUAAGUCAGUGGAAAGUUUUGUAUGAUGUUGAAAGGUUAAUAUGAAAAAUAAAUAUGUUUUAAUUGAAAAUAAAUUGUUAGAUUUCAUGUAUUGUUAUGAAUACAAAUAAUGUCAAAGCAUGAUAUAUCAUGUACAAUUUUUAUGCUAGAGAUUACAUUUAUAUUCAUAUAUGAGAAUUGUUGAAA